GAUAAGCCGGAGAGUUUGUUUGGAAAUAUAAAACACACAAACAAUAAUUAUCUCAAUACAUACCCACACACACACAUACCUAUAUUUCAUAUUUCAACAGAUUACAAGUGCUCUGCUGUCAAUAUAAGUACUUGCUAAAUUAAUUGCAGAUUAUAGCGUCUAUCACUUUACACCAAAGGACCGAUAAUUUAGUACAACGAUCACCGUCGUUAAGUGCACAAUUCAGACCCGUUAAAGCAGUUGUGCGGUAAUGCGUAUCGCGGUUAUUGGUGGCGGCGUAAGCGGCAUCACUUCGGCUGUGCAGAUCUUGGAGUAUUUGAAAUCCAUCGGCUCAGCCGUGAAAGUAACAGUGCUCUCUGAGGCUUUCUCACCGAAUACCACCGGCGAUGGCUCAGCUGGUCUGUGGGGUCCUUAUUUGUUGGGCGGCACUCCCACAGCGCGUGUACAUCGCUGGUCAAAACACAUGCAUGACUUUCUCGAGCAAAUCUGGUUGUCUGAGGAUGCUGGCGAGGCAGGUGUCUGCCUUAUACCAUGCCUAAGGGUAACCACAACCACAAUGGAUAAUAAUGUUUUCUGGAAGGAUAUUGUUUAUGGUUGUCGUCGACUUACACAAAAACAAUUGAAUGAGCUGAAUAUAGGAAGAACAAAAAAAUAUACCGAUGGCAUACAUUUCAUUACAUAUACCUCUGAGCCGAUUAAGCUGCUACCUUACUUAAUGAAGCGUUUCCAAGCGAAUGGCGGCAAAAUUGUGCAACAAAAGAUCGUCAAUUUGGAGGAGUUCAUAACGAACUGCGAUUACGAUGCUAUUAUUAACUGCUCGGGGCUGGGUUCGCGUGAGUGCGUAAAAGAUAACGGUAUGUUUCCGGUACGUGGACAAGUUUCGCGCGUCAAAGCAAAUUGGUUGUAUUAUGCGCUGCUGGAUGAGAGCGACGAUGGCAAUUAUAUUAUACCAAAUUGUGAAACAGUCGUUUUGGGUGGCACACACCAGGUAGACGACAGCAACACUAAAGUAUGUCCGAAUGACAAGGCAUUCAUUGUUAAUGGCUGUCGAAAAAUUUUGCCCAGUCUUGAGCAUGCGCAACAGCUGUACGAUUGGGUGGGGCUACGACCCGGACGUGAUGCGCUGCGUUUGGAGGCAGAGCAAGGCGGCAAAAAAAUUGUCAUACACAAUUAUGGACAUGGCGGCAGCGGUGUCACCUUGGCUUGGGGUUGCGCUGAAGAUGUGCUACAGCUGCUGAAAAACGAGUUGCUAGCGCGCAAACCGCUAAAAUCGAAAUUAUAACAAAGAAAUAUUGCAAAAAGAAAAAUGUGAAAACUCAAGCUUUAUUUGUUAAUAACAACAAUGUAUAGCAUUUACUAUUGUUUAAUAAAUUUGCUAGUUAUGUAAUAUUAGCUGUUGUAGCCACUUGCAAGUCAGAACAAAUGCAUUUUUUGUGAAGUGG